GCGCCCGAGCGCCGCCCGCCGCCCGCCGCGCGCCCCAACUCCGGCUCGGUUCGCGGCUCGUCCGCGCUGCCGACUUCUCGCCGGAUCGCUGCCGACCCUCCGUCAGCCUGAGGUCUCCUCCGGCCAUGGACCCGGCCCCCGGGCCCGCUGCCCACCGCCCGCCUCCCUUGGCGCCUCUGGGGCUCAGCUGAUCCUGAAUUGGCGGUGGGGGGGGGGCUGGGGGGUCCCCCUCGAUUUCCGGCUUGGGGGGGGACGCGUCGUCCCCGCGUCUCUAUUCUGGACGACCCCCCGCUGCCCAGCCAAGUCCAUGCCCAGGCUCCCUGCUCAGCGCUGACAUGGCUGAGAGCUCCUUGCCGCCCUCCUCAUCGACCUUGGCCCUGGCCCCUGAGCCAGGAGUCACAGAGCAGCCAGGGCCCCGGAGCCCCCCUCCCUCUCCUCCAGGCCUGGAGGAGCCCCUGGAUGGAGCUGAUCCGGACGUCCCUCACCCGGACCUGGCGCCCGUUGCUUUCUUCUGUCUGCGACAGACCACCAGCCCCCGGAACUGGUGCAUCAAGAUGGUGUGUAACCCGUGGUUUGAAUGUGUCAGUAUGCUGGUGAUCCUGUUGAACUGCGUGACACUUGGCAUGUACCAGCCUUGCGACGACAUGGACUGCCUGUCGGACCGCUGCAAGAUCCUGCAGGUUUUUGAUGACUUCAUCUUCAUCUUCUUUGCCAUGGAGAUGGUGCUCAAGAUGGUGGCCCUGGGCAUUUUUGGCAAGAAGUGCUACCUUGGGGACACGUGGAACCGACUGGAUUUCUUCAUUGUCAUGGCAGGGAUGGUUGAGUAUUCCCUGGACCUUCAGAACAUCAACCUGUCAGCCAUCCGCACCGUGCGUGUCCUGAGGCCCCUCAAAGCCAUCAACCGCGUGCCCAGUAUGCGGAUUCUGGUGAACCUGCUCCUGGACACCCUGCCCAUGCUGGGGAACGUCCUUCUGCUCUGCUUCUUUGUCUUCUUCAUCUUUGGCAUCAUCGGCGUGCAGCUCUGGGCGGGCCUGCUGCGUAACCGCUGUUUCCUGGAGGAGAACUUCACCAUACAAGGGGAUGUGGCCCUGCCCCCCUACUACCAGCCAGAGGAGGACGACGAGAUGCCCUUCAUCUGCUCCCUGUCAGGGGACAAUGGCAUCAUGGGCUGCCACGAGAUCCCUCCGCUCAAGGAGCAGGGCCGCGAGUGCUGCCUGUCCAAGGACGAUGUUUAUGACUUCGGGGCGGGGCGCCAGGACCUCAACGCCAGCGGGCUCUGUGUCAACUGGAACCGCUACUAUAACGUGUGCCGCACGGGCAGUGCCAACCCCCACAAAGGCGCCAUCAACUUUGACAACAUUGGCUACGCCUGGAUUGUAAUCUUCCAGGUGAUCACCCUGGAAGGCUGGGUGGAAAUCAUGUACUACGUGAUGGAUGCGCACUCUUUCUACAACUUCAUCUAUUUUAUCCUGCUUAUCAUAGUGGGCUCCUUCUUCAUGAUCAACCUGUGCCUCGUUGUCAUAGCGACCCAGUUCUCGGAGACCAAGCAGCGGGAGCACCGGCUGAUGCUGGAGCAGCGGCAACGCUACCUGUCCUCCAGCACGGUGGCCAGCUAUGCCGAGCCUGGCGACUGCUACGAGGAGAUCUUCCAGUACGUCUGCCACGUCCUGCGCAAGGCCAAGCGCCGGACCCUGGGCCUCUACCAGGCCCUGCAGAGUCGGCGCCAGGCCCUGGGCCCGGAGGUCCAUACCUCCGCCAAGCCUGGGCCCCAAGCCAAGGAGCCCAGGCACUUCAAGCUGUGCCCGAGACACAGCCCCCUGGACCCGACGCCCCACACGCUGGUGCAACCCAUCUCUGCCAUGCUGGCCUCCGACCCCGCCAGCUGCCCCCAUUGCCAGCGCGAGGUGGGCCAGCGGCCCUUGGGCCUGGGCAGCACCGACUCAGGCCAGGAGGGCUCCAGCUCUGGGGGCUCAGGCGGUGGCGAGGACGAGGGCGACGGGGAUGAGGCCCGGAGCAGUGAGGACGGGGCCUCCUCGGGGCUGGGGAAGGAGGACAAGGAGGAGCAGGCAGAUGGGGCCGCCCGGCUGUGCGGGGAUGUGUGGCGGGAGACUCGAGCCAAGCUGCGAGGCAUCGUGGACAGCAAGUACUUCAACCGAGGCAUCAUGAUGGCCAUCCUGGUCAACACCGUCAGCAUGGGCAUCGAGCAUCAUGAACAGCCCGAGGAGCUGACCAACGUCCUGGAGAUCUGCAACGUGGUGUUCACCAGCAUGUUUGCCCUGGAGAUGCUCCUGAAGCUGGCCGCCUUCGGGCUGUUCGACUACCUGCGCAACCCCUACAACAUCUUUGAUAGCAUCAUCGUCAUCAUCAGCAUCUGGGAGAUCGUGGGGCAGGCAGACGGUGGGCUGUCGGUGCUGCGGACCUUCCGGCUGCUGCGGGUGCUGAAGUUGGUGCGUUUCAUGCCCGCGCUGCGGCGCCAGCUCGUGGUGCUCAUGAAGACCAUGGACAACGUGGCGACCUUCUGCAUGCUGCUCAUGCUCUUCAUCUUCAUCUUCAGCAUUCUCGGGAUGCACAUCUUUGGCUGCAAAUUCAGCCUCCGCACGGACACGGGAGACACGGUCCCGGACAGGAAGAACUUCGACUCCCUGCUGUGGGCCAUUGUCACGGUGUUCCAGAUCCUCACCCAGGAGGACUGGAACGUCGUCCUCUACAAUGGCAUGGCCUCCACCUCCCCCUGGGCCUCUCUCUACUUUGUUGCCCUCAUGACCUUCGGCAACUACGUGCUCUUCAACCUGCUGGUGGCCAUCCUGGUGGAGGGCUUCCAGGCGGAGGGUGACGCCAAUCGCUCCUAUUCGGACGAGGACCAGAGCUUAUCCAACAUGGAGGAGUUUGACAAGCUCCAGGACGGGCUGGACAGUGGUGGAGAUCCCAAGCUCUGCUCAGUUCCCAUGACCCCCAAUGGGCACCUGGACCCCAGUCUCCCACUGGGUGGACAUCUGGGCCCGGCCAGGGCUGCGGCACCUGCCUCCCGCCUCUUGCUGCAGCCCGACCCUGUGCUGGUGGCCCUGGGCUCCCGCAAAAGCAGUGUCAUGUCACUGGGGAGGACGAGCUACGACCAGCGCUCCCUGUCUAGCUCCCGGAGCUCCUACUAUGGGCCGUGGGGUCGCACCGGGGCCUGGGCCAGCCGCCGCUCCAGCUGGAACAGCCUCAAGCACAAGAUGCCUUCCGCUGAGCACGAAUCCCUGCUCUCAGCAGAGCUGGGCGGUGGGGCCCGGGCCUGCGAGGGGGCCCGGGAUGAGGGUCCACCACGGGCCGUGCCCCUGCAUGUCCCGCACACCCACCAUGCACAUCAUGGCCCCCACCCGGCACACCGUCACCGCCACCACCGUCGGACGCUGUCCCUCGACACCAGAGACUCGGUGGACCUGGCAGAGCUGGGGCCCCCUGUGGGUGUCCACCCCCGGGCAGCCUGGAGGAUGGCAGGCACGGACCCCGGGCACGAGGACUGCAAUGGCAGGAUGCCCAGCAUCGCCAAGGACAUGUUCACCAAGAUGGAUGACCGCCGGGACCGCGGGGAGGACGAGGAGGAGGUCGACUACACUCUGUGCUUCCGCGUGCGCAAGAUGAUUGACGUCUACAAGCCUGACUGGUGUGAGGUCCGCGAGAAUUGGUCUGUCUACCUCUUCUCCCCUGAGAACAGGUUCCGGGUCCUGUGUCAGACCAUCAUCGCCCACAAGCUCUUUGACUAUGUCGUCCUGGCAUUCAUUUUUCUCAACUGCAUCACCAUCGCCCUGGAGCGGCCCCAGAUCGAGGCUGGCAGCACCGAACGCAUCUUCCUCACUGUGUCCAACUACAUUUUCACAGCCAUCUUUGUGGGCGAGAUGACACUGAAGGUCGUCUCGCUGGGCCUGUACUUCGGAGAGCAAGCCUACCUGCGAAGCAGCUGGAACGUGCUGGACGGCUUCCUAGUCUUCGUGUCAAUCAUUGACAUCGUGGUGUCCUUGGCUUCAGCUGGGGGAGCCAAGAUCCUGGGGGUCCUCCGUGUCCUGAGGCUCUUGCGCACCCUACGACCCCUGCGUGUCAUCAGCCGGGCGCCUGGCCUGAAGCUGGUGGUGGAGACACUCAUCUCCUCCCUCAAGCCCAUCGGCAACAUUGUCCUCAUCUGCUGUGCCUUCUUCAUCAUCUUCGGCAUCCUGGGGGUGCAGCUCUUCAAGGGCAAGUUCUACCACUGUCUGGGCAUGGAUACCAGAAACAUCACCAACCGCUCCGACUGCGUGGCCGCCAACUACCGUUGGGUCCAUCACAAGUACAACUUUGACAACCUGGGCCAGGCCCUGAUGUCCCUCUUUGUCCUGGCCUCCAAGGAUGGCUGGGUGAACAUCAUGUACAAUAGCCCUAUCGGUGUCCACCUGGAGCCUGACAGUGACACCAUUGCCAACCAAGUGGCUCAGUCCAGUCAGAAAGCAAAGGCAGAGCCUGGAUACCCGGCCCUGAGCUGUGCGACCCUGUGUUCUCCCCGUUCCCUUGUGGUCCCCUGGCUGGGUGGAGAAGCACGAGCUGACUCUCACGGCCUGGGUGGACUGACCUCGCUCCCCCUUGCUUCCUCCCUCCCCUCGGCUUCUCCCUGCACAUAUUCCGUUCCCCCCUCUGUGGUCUGUGCUAUUCCCCAAUCACCCACUACAGAGGCCCAGCGCCUACCCUAUUACGCCACCUACUGUCCCACCCGACUGCUCAUCCACUCCAUGUGCACCAGCCACUACCUGGACAUCUUCAUCACCUUCAUCAUCUGCCUCAAUGUGGUCACCAUGUCCCUGGAGCACUACAACCAGCCCACGUCCCUGGAGACAGCCCUCAAGUACUGCAACUACAUGUUCACCACUGUUUUUGUGCUGGAGGCUGUGCUGAAGUUGGUGGCAUUUGGUCUAAGGCGCUUCUUCAAGGACCGGUGGAACCAGCUAGACCUGGCCAUUGUGCUGCUAUCGGUCAUGGGCAUCACGCUGGAGGAGAUCGAGAUUAACGCGGCAUUGCCCAUCAACCCCACCAUCAUCCGCAUCAUGAGAGUCCUGCGCAUUGCCCGGGUGCUGAAGCUGUUGAAGAUGGCGACGGGCAUGCGGGCCCUGCUGGACACGGUGGUGCAAGCUCUGCCCCAGGUGGGCAACCUGGGCCUCCUCUUUAUGCUGCUCUUCUUCAUCUACGCCGCCCUGGGAGUGGAGCUGUUCGGGAAGCUGAUCUGCAAUGAUGAGAACCCGUGCGAGGGCAUGAGCCGGCAUGCCACCUUCGAGAACUUCGGCAUGGCUUUCCUCACGCUCUUCCAGGUCUCCACUGGCGACAACUGGAACGGGAUCAUGAAGGACACGCUGAGAGACUGCACCCACGAUGAGCGCAGCUGCCUGAGCAGCCUGCAGUUCGUGUCGCCGCUGUACUUCGUCAGCUUCGUGCUCACGGCCCAGUUUGUGCUCAUCAACGUGGUGGUGGCUGUGCUCAUGAAGCACCUGGACGACAGCAACAAGGAGGCCCAGGAGGACGCCGAGAUGGACGCUGAGCUCGAGCUCGAGAUGGCCCAGGGCCUGGGUCCCGGCCCGCGGCCUCCCGCCGGCUCCCCAGGGGCACCUGGCCGAGGACCAGGAGGGGCUGGUGGCGGGGGUGACGUGGAAGGCCACCUGUGCCGACGCUGCUACUCUCCAGCACAGGAGAAUCUGUGGCUGGACAGCGUCUCUUUAAUCAUCAAGGACUCCUUGGAUGGGGAGCUGACCAUCAUCGACAACCUGUCUGGUUCCAUCUUCCACCACUACUCCUCGCCGGCUGGCUGCGGGAAGUGUCACCACGACAAGCAAGAGGUGCAGCUGGCUGAGACGGAGGCCUUCUCCUUGAACUCAGACAGGUCUUCAUCCAUCCUGCUGGGUGAUGACCUGAGUCUUGAGGACCCUUUAGCCUGCCCGCUCGGCUCCAUAGACAGCAAGGGUGAGCCAGACCCACCUGAGCCCAUGCGUGUGGGGGACCUGGGUGAAUGCUUCCUCCCCCUGUCCAACACGGCCGUAUCCUCGGGUCCAGAGAACUUCCUGUGUGAGAUGGAAGCAAUAUCAUUUAACCCCAUCCGGUCCUGGCUGAAACAUGAGAGCAGCCAAGCGCCCUCAAACCCUUUCUCCCCAGAGGCCUCCAGCCCACUCCUGCCCAUGCCAACAGAGUUCUUCCACCCUGCUGUGUCUGCCAGCCAGAAAGGGCAGGGGCAGGACGCUGGUGCUGGGGCCCUCCCCAAGAUCGCCCUGCAGGGCUCCUGGGCAUCUCUGCGGUCCCCGAGCGUCAACUGCACCCUUCUCCGACAGGCCACUGGGAGUGACACGUCGCUGGAGGCCAGCCGCAGCAGCUCAGCAGGCAGCCUGCAGACCACACUGGAGGACAGCCUGACCCUGAGCGACAGUCCCCGGCGUGCCCUCGGGCCGCCUGCACCCGCCCCAGGCUCCCGGGCCAGCCUGUCUCCCGCCGCCCGCCGCCGCCUCAGCCUGCGGGGCCGGGGCCUGUUCAGCCGGCGGGGACUGAGGGUGCACCAGCGUAGCCACAGCAGUGGGGGCUCCACCAGCCCAGGCUGCACCCACCACGACUCCAUGGACCCCUCGGACGAGGAGGGCGCAGGCAGGGGUGGCGCAGGCGGUGGGGGCGGGGGCAGCGAGCACUCGGAGACCCUCAGCAGCCUCUCGCUCACCUCCCUCUUCUGCCCGCCGCCAGCACCGCCUGGGCUCCCGCCCGCCAGGAGGUUCAGCAGCACCAGCAGCCUGGCCGCUGGCCCCGGCCGCCCCCGCCCCACCGCCCGGCCCCACAGCCUGGCCCGGAGCCCCUCCUGGGCCGAGAACCGCAGCAAGGACCCACCGGGCCCUGCAGAGGCCCCCGGGGAGCUGCAGCCCGGAGACGCUGCGAGCAAGAGAAAGAGAUGAGGGCCGCAGGGGCCCAGCGCCGCCGCCCGCCCUGUCUCAUGUUCUUUACCUCAGGAGCCAGGGGCAGACAGCAAUACUUGGUCCACAACCUGGGCAUUGCGCAGGGCCAGCCAGCGCCAGGCCGCCGAGAGUGCGGGCAGAGUUGGGUUUGGGGCCGCCGAGGGUGGGCCGAGGCCCAGAUGUGGCCCAGCCAUGGUUCUUCCCGUGCAGAUCCAUGUAUAUAUAUAUAUGCAUAUAUAUAGAGAGAGACAGACAUAUAUAUUUAUUUAUUUUUUUUACUGAGAGCUUAUGACUUCCAGAAAGUGCUGAAGGUGGGCAGUGCGACCCUGGGCCCAGUCAGGGCUUUUGCCUGAUGCUUAGGACCCAGGCCAGACCCACCCCAGGGUAGAUGGUCCUGCUGGGGCGUCGGCACCCGUGCUUUUUGGUAUCUCCCCUGGAUUGGGAGUAGCUUGGAGAGGGCUUUCAGACCUCUGAGGGUCCUGUGGCUAGGAAGACAGGCCCAGAAAAAGAGGUGUAAUUCAGGGUGCAUUUUUUUUCCUUUAAAGAAGAAAUGCUGCUAAGAUUCCACCCCCUUUCCCCCCCCCCCAUUAUUGGGGUGUCUGUCUUGUUGUUCCUGACUGUCUAGUUGUGUGAACAGUUUUUUUGUAGACGCCCAAAGUCCACAAACUCUUAGUCAACCAGUUAGAUGUAUUUCUUUAGAAAAAUCAGGGGUGAUAGUUGUAUUUCCUUAGGGUCGGGGUGGGGGUGGAGGUCAGCUCCCAGGCUGGGCAGGGGCCCCUGCCCCACUAGGCACUUCCCUAGGGGUGGGGUGUGCUGUGGCCUUGCCCACAGGAAGCCGAGGGCAGGAAUGGAGGCAGCGGGAGAGAGAAGAAAGUGAAGGCGGUUGAGCAGGUCCUGAGAUGCUCGCAAGGUCAAGGGCUCCGGUCUGGUCAGUGCUGGCCGUGGCCUUGUACCCUCUAGCGGGGCCUGAGCCACAGCAAUUCAAGGAGGUUGUACUCCACUCCACCCCCUGAGCACCUCUGUUCUCCUGGGAUGGAUUUCAGGGUAAGGAAGACCUGACAGGAUUCUGAGCUGGGGUGGGGCACCUGCCUGGGCCCUGCGACCUGCCCCACCCACCAGUUCCUUCACACCCAUCACCUGGAGACCCACAUCCUCCCACUUUACCCCCAGCUGCCUAUCUCAUCCCCCUCCCUCCUAUUCUCAAAACUGCAGGUCAGGUUUCACUGCAGCAUUGCUUCCCAAAUGGGCUCGCAGACGGGUAUUUUGUAUUUGAAUAGUUAUGUAUUUAUUUCUGUAUUUAUUAGGAAAAAACCAGCACACCAAACCCAUGAUUUCACAGACAUAUUGCUUAGGUCAAGGCUAAGGUUUUGAAAGCAUGUGGCUAAGUCAGUUUAAAGAAAAAGAUGGGGACCGCGGUGGCAGAGUCAUGGGAUGGGAAAUGCUGCAAGUUUGGGGCACAGUGCACGUCAGCAAUAGCCAGGCCCUUUGCCUUUGAGGUCUCAGAUGGUUUGGCUGGGCCCCACCGAGGGGGCCUUGUCCUUGAUCCCAAACUCUGACCUUAAAGAACUUGGCUUCGGGCCAGGACGUCAAGUGGUGUGUGUGUGUGUGUGUGUGUGUGUGUGUGUGUGGUGGGGGUGCGGGGAGCUGCUUGGACAGGCUCUGGGUGUCUUCCAGGCCAUCAUAGGGACCCUUGGGGCCUGGGUACUGUAGCAAAGGAAGUAGGCAAUGAGUGACUUAAGCUUAGUGGCCGGCAAAGCCCUUCCUUUAAGAGCUGGUGGUGGGAGUGGGGAAGGGUAGUCAGACCCACUUUACACGUGAGGAAACUGAGGCCUGGAGAGGCAAAGUGUGGCCAGCCCAGGAUCCCUCAGGGCCCUGGCAGCAGAGGGGCUGGGGCGCUGCGGGGCCAACACCUGAGUACCUGGAAUGUGAACAAGUGGCCUGUGUUUGAAGCGGGUAGGUUCAGAAGGCAGAGCCUGGCCUUGGGCCUCUGUUGGUACUUUGGAGUUGGGCCAGCAUGGCAGUCAGACCAGGAUUUGCCCCAGAGCCCCGCUCCCCUCACUUGAAGUGUGGAUGGGGGGCCUCCGUGAGGAUACUGAGGCACUGCCCAAGCACUGGGCUUCCUCCCAGGACCACAGCCUCCAGGGUAAGGGGUCAGCUGGGCCCUCCUGCUCAGGGAGCAGGCGGACCUGGGGUCUUGUCACCUCCUGCCCCGAGUGGCCCCACAUCUGGUGGGGGAGACGGCAUGUCUCCAGCUGAUGCCCCAGAGGGCCGGGGCCUCCCUGUGUGCUGAUUAUUUCAUUAUGGGGUGCUUGUGUGGGGAAGGAGAGGGCACAGGUAGGCCAUCUGGCUCUGCUCACCUUUCCUGCCAGCACCGCGGUGGCCCCGAGCAGUCACAGUUAGAGGGAAGCAGCACAAUCAGUCAGCGUGUUCCUGGAGGGGCACGUGUGCUGGGACCUGGAAGAGGCGCCGCGGGCCUGGGAAGACCACGUGGAGAACUUAACUGGGUUAACUCGGCUUGGGUUCAAGGGGACAGAAUGUGACACUGGUCAGCAGCUUCCAUUUUCUGGGCCCGGGAGUCACCCUGUUUAGUCUGUACAGCGCCUAGAUGGGUGUGCACUGCUGUUCCACUCUCAGACCAGGGAAGUGACUUCCCUGGUGUCCCUGGGUUCUGAGUGUCUGGGCAGGGAACACAUCCCAGGUGUGUCUGACACGCGAAAAGCCAACCCUUCACUCUGAACCUUGUGGCCCCCAAACAAGCAGACCCGUGGGGGAAGGCCAUCUAGGCAAAGGGGCUGGCCUGAGGCAGGACAGUUCCGGGCGUGUCUAGAGGCGGGACUAGCUGAGCCUAUAGGAGAGAAGCUUUGGCUGGGGAGUCAUGGGAGACGGGUCUGGUUCCUAGAGGUUGCCAAAUGCUGUUCCAAGGCACUUGAUCUUGUUCCUGUGAGCUAUGGGGUGUGGGGGACGCGGAAGCUGUGAUUGGUUGGCCAGGACAAGCCGAAAUAGAUAAGGGUUAGGUGAAUGGCCCCUCUGCCCUUCCUGAUCCUAUGGCAUGUCCAUCACAAAAGCACAAACUUAACCUAACCCACGAGGGCCUGGCCCUGGGGAUAAUGAGGAAUUUGGUGCGGGACAUCCCAAGCUAUCUGUUUGCAGGACUCUGCAGAGUGGUGGCUGGCAGGCACCUCAGCGUUUGCACAGAUGGACCCAAGACCAGCUGGGGCUGUGGCCCACCCCAGCCAAUGCCUCUUCCUGUCCCCUGCCUGGGCUCCUGCGCUUGGCAGCCCCACAAAAGACGAAGCGUGCACAGUAUCAGCCUGUCUGCCUGUCUUCCCCCCCCCCAGAGGCCCCCCUGGAGCCUUCUGUUUCCAGGGCCACCUCUGGCCCCUUUUGCUGCGCUGUGUAAGGGCUUGGGGUCUUAGAAGUCGCGGUGUGGCCCAGAUACACAUACUCUUUUUGUCUUUGUGUAAUAAUCAGUGUUCCUGGCGGAGCUGGGCUGAGCUGGAGCCUGGGGAGGCGGCAGGGGCCACCUUCUCCUGGAAGCCCUGGGCCUGGUCCUGCUGCUGUGACCACCACACUCCCAGUCGCUGUACAGUUUCUAUGAUGUGAGAGAAUCUCCAUCCUAGUUGCUGAUGGCGCUGGUCCCUGCUGGCCCAGUUGGCCCGGGCGUAGAGAAACCAAGCGGCAGCCACCACCAGUGUUGUUUUGAAUAAAAACUCAAAAGCCUAUUUCAGAA